AUGUCCGGAGGCUACACCAAUGGUAGCGCUGGGGGAAGACGCGAGUACGACCACCCCAUCGUCAUCCUGGGUGGUGGCAUGGGCGGCCUCAUGACGGCCGUGGACUUUCUGAGGCAGAACCGCAAAGACUUUAUCAUCUUGGAGCGUUACGAUGCCUUUGGUGGGACGACCUGGCGGGAUGUGGCCAAUGAAACCACCAAGUUACAGACAGAGAAGGGAACUUAUGUUCCGGAGUAUUUGGACCCCGAAGUCCAUGCAGAUGAGGACCAGAAGACCUGGCCUUCGCGCGACAGCAUCCUGGACAUGUGCGUUGCUUGUGCGGAGAAGCACGGCCUGGAGGACAAGGCCAAGUUCAACACGUCUCUCGAGAAGGUCGAGGUUAAGGGUGACCUCCUUGCCGGCGGACAUAUUGAGUUGGGCAUCACUACCGAAGACUCCUCGGAAACCCUGAAGUGCUCCGCGCUGGUGUCCUGCCCAGGUGUGUUCUACAAUCCUAUCGACUUGAAAUGGCCGGGUCGCGAGGAUUUUGGUGGUUACGUCACCCAUGGCUCCUACGAUGGCAUCAACUACGACAAGCUGAAAGAUGCACACGUAUGUAUUGUAGGCCACGGAGGCUUUACCAUCGAGAACGUCCGCACCUGCGUGGAGCGAAAGUCAAAGAAGAUUUACGUUAUUUGUCGGCAUCGUCACUUGGCUGGACCAAAGAUGGUCUCCUGGAUGGUCAGUGGUGCUCCUGUUCCGAUUCCGGGGCCGUUCAUCGUCGAAGCCUUCCAGAAGAUGUAUGGUCUGCUGGGAGUUGACGUUUGGACUCAUCCAGUUGUGAACGCCAAUGCCGACCGAUCCAGUGCCGUUUUGACUCAGACGACCACUUUCGGCGUGACAGACAUCUACUUUCUUGCGUGCUACUACAAGGUGUGCGAGGUCAUCCAAGGUGAGAUUGACAAGCUCAGCAAAGGCAAGGUCCACCUCAAGGACGGCAAGGAGUUGGAGUGCAAUGUCGUCAUGAAGUGUCUGGGAAGCCACGGGGCUACAGACUUUGACGAUAUCAUCGGCUUCAAGUUUUAUCAGGGCUGGUGGGUCAAUGGCGAGGCUCUGAUGCCCUGCAUGGCGCCAGCCAAAGGUGUGCAAGCCAAGAACUUCGCGGGUUUCAGCCUUGCCCCAGGCUACGCCGGGCAGAUCAUCACCAACAGAUACUUCAUCGACCACCCGGAGAAGUUCUUAGGUGUGCGUGACUGGUUGCCCAAGCAGAACCGAGAUGAGCACUACGAGUGCAACUACAUCUACAAGGGCGCCCAUGUUCUGGCAACCAUGGUUAUUUUGCAGACUCAAUUCCCGGACCUUGCCGGGGAGUUGGCCGAAGCUGACAAGCUCAAGGCAUACAAGCACAUGAAGGCUCAUCCUUUAGAGAAGCACCUCGACGAGUGCCUUGCGGAAUGGAAGAUGUACAUCAAAAUGAUGAAGGAUCAAGGACAGAUUCCUGCAGACGCAGAGGAAGUGGAAUAUCCAUACACCAAGGAGAACCUCCUGGAGAUGGAGCAGAGAUACCAGGAGGCACUAAAGGCUGAUUGGGAGAAGAUGAUGGCCAAAAAGGCCAAGGAUAGCCCGCUUUGGAAGCACAUGGUCGAGCUUUUUCAAUUCGUGGCAUCUUGCAGACUUCCGACCAGCGUACCGUUUGAAAUGUAUUUUGGCCUCUCAGCUGGCUCGAGAGGGCAAGGAGAGGAGAGCGUGCUCGUAUUGGUCGUUCACGUGCAGCUCACCUCGUGUGAUUUCAGUGCGUGCGUUCUUGUGCCACAAGUUGGAGGAAACCAGCUAAGGAUGCACGAGCGAUGUGCUUGUUUUGUGACAGGAUCUGGCAGGUACCGACAACAGGCCAUGAUGAAGGAUGUCUCGCUUGCGCGAGCUCUGCAGCUGCCUGACCGGCAAGUGCGGCAAGUGUUGGAAAGAAGGCUGGUCCCUGACUGCAUCCUUGAGAAAUGCUCCGAAGGGACAGGAGACAAACGCCAGGCAUUCUAUCGCAUAUCGCCGGUUGCCGUUGCAGUGGCAGCCCAAAGGUUUCAGCUUCUGGAGAUGUCCUUGUCUGCGCAAGCUCAAGAGCAGUAUGUUUGCCACAAGUGCAAGAGGGUGUAUGACACGAUGCAGGCGAUGUCAACAUCCUUCUCGUGUGAGUGCGGCCAGGCUUUGGCCUCCACGGCGGAGGAGUCAGAGGCACGACGAGACCGGCUCCACCGCUUCCACGUGCAAUGCAAGGAGUUGCUGAAGCUGACACAAGAGCUUGAGAAUCUGCCAGGACCACAAUUUGGGCACCCUCCCAAGGUGAAGAAGCCACGUGGAGCAGCAAAGCAAUCUGCCAAGGCGAAGGCUGCGAUGUCGUCGGAGCAAAGGCCAGCACCUGCUGAUGACAUCCAGGCGAAGCAGUCACAGGUUGGCAUCGCCUCCUCCUUGCAAUCGAAGGACUCGGAAGAUGUGCAGCUGCCGCCAACAGACACUACGCCAGCUCUCAGCGCAGAGCAGGAGAUCUCCAAGACGUUGGAAGAAGAAGUUAGUGCCCAGAACCAGAGCACGCGAACAUCCCUCGAG